UUUUCCAUCUUCUCCUCCCAAACUUUCCUCAGCCAGUCUCGAAAGUCAUGACAAGUCGCAGUGAGACUGGAGCGAGAGACGGCAGAAGGUAGGAAGCAGUCCGAGGGAUCGAUUACCACACGCGAUCCCGGUCUUUAUUUGAAGCUGCGUGCUGACAGAUCUCCGUCCUGAAAAUGACUCAGUCGGUUCAAGUUAACCCGAAGCUGCCUGAUCUUGGCUCUCCAUUCAUCUACUCCGCUCAGGAGGACGCUGACCAGUCCGGCUCCUACUCCGUCCAGACUCCGUAUGGUUUCCAGCUGGAUCUGGACUUCCUCAAGUAUGUAGAAGAGAUAGAGAGUGGGCACAACCUCCGUCGGGCCCCCCUUGGCUCCCGCCGCUCAGGCCGAGGGGCCAGACUCUCCCAGAGAGGUGCGGGGGGUCGUGCCAGUGGCUGGACGUCCACAGAGUCUCUGGCGUCUCCGGCCAGCGAGGACGGCAGAGCUCCGCCGCCGCCGCCGCCGCGCAACCGCCUCGGGUCGGCGCCCUGCGAGGGGCUCCGUCUGUCCCCCGUGACCCUCCUCGGCGUUCCUCCCCUGUCCGCCGGAGCCAAAGUGCCACCUCCUCCGCCGCAGCGCAACCCCAGAGUGGAACGCACCCUCCUGGAAACCAGCCGGCGGCUACAGCACGAACAAACCCACCAGCACCAGAACGGGGGUCGCUUCCAGCUCGCCGAUCCUCCCAAAGCGCUGGCGAGCUCGCAAUCCACUCAGCCCGUGCAGAGCGGAUGGACCAAACCCAGUCCUCAGACCUCCGGGCGCAGCACUCCGGCUGUUGGCAGCACAAUGACUCCGAUCCCACCCAGCCAGCUGCAGACGGUUAGGGAGCAGAUGGCCACGGCCUUGAAGCAGCUGAAGGAGAUGGAGGAGCGGGUGAAGGGCGUCCCCGCGCUGGAGAACGAGGUGGCCAAGCUGCGGGCAGAGAAAGACGCGCUGCUGUUGGCCCUGCAGGAGAAGAAGGAAGCCAGGGAGGUGACCCAGCUGAAGCAGAAGUCCACAGAGUCCUUCACCCAAACCGCCGAGGUUCUUCAAACUGACCCCACCACGCGCGGCCAACCGACGACACCGGUUUCACCUGGACUUAAAGGCCUCGGAAAAUCUGGUGAGCUGAAAAGGCUGACUGAAAGGUUCGAGGGGAAUCAAGGGAAAGCUGCAGAACCUUCAUCAAAAGUUCCAGUUAAACCUCAAGGAAAAGUGUCCGUUGAGAAGAAAUCAGUGGCUGUUGGGGGGGACGCGCCGAUGGACUCUGUUGUUUUCUACUACAGGCAGGGUGUGAAAGACGCCUCUGAGGGCACGCAGGUCAAAGUUUGCGAUAAAGGCUCCGGAAUGGACGCUCCUCUGGUUCAGGAGGAGGGCGUGCAGGUCAGUGCGGAGACAGCAGAGGCGGAGGUUUGGGUCAUAGAGUCCCUACUUGGUCUGACCGGCGAAGCGCAGCGCGAGAUUGAUACUUUACAGGACACCAUUAAAUUCCAACAGGAGUCCAUUGUGGCUCUGGAGGUCCGACUGAGUGUGGCCGACACAGACAUGGGAAUCCUUAAAGUCCAGAUGGAGGAGAAAACCUCUAAAGUCACAUUGGAGAAGGGUGUUCUCGCUAAACCAGACGUGAUGAAUGCCCAGGUAGGGACGCGGACCGCCGGGUUGAAACACGUCGCGGUCUCGUGCCGCCCUGAGGCGAGCGAUGCUUGUGUGGGUGAGAACUGCACAGCAGAGAAGAUCGAACAAUUCACCCAGACUGACGCUGCGGCGACGGCAGCAGAGCCAGAACCCGUUGCGGUGGUCAGCACCGGGUGCCAAUGGGAGAGCGUGUUUGAGGAAAAGAUGGAGGCCCAUAAGGUUGCGGUUCUCAAGAAGAGACAGAUGACCAUUGCUGAAUACAAAGUCUCGCCAGAGGAAGAGGUGGUCAGUAUGGCUGAGAAGCAAGAGGGCGACCAGGGAGAGAAGACGUCAGCCAACGCCAAAACAGCUUCCAUAAUGGCAGCAGGAAUGCUGAAGUCCAUCAUGAAGAGGAAGGACGGGAAUAACUCUGGCGAGAAGAAGAAGAGCCUGCAGUUUGUUGGCAUUCUGAAUGGAGGGUAUGAAUCUACAUCCAGUGAAGAAGAGGAAGAGGAAGAGGAGGAGGAGGAAGAAGAAGAUGGAACGUCUUCUGGAGAAAGUGGAGAAGGCGAGUGCUUGGACAGCACAGAGGAGGACGAGGCGGCUCUGGAGGACGAAACCUCAGAGGAGGAAAGAAACGUCAACCUGGACGAGAGUGACACUGACGAGGAAACACUGAGAGACACAAGUUAUUCGUGUGACGCUGUGAAAGAGAAAUUUGAGCUGAGCUCAAAAAUGCGUGAAGCGUGCCUCAUUCUGAAGAACCACCUGAAGGACGACAUCGCAGCGCUGAAGAGUAAGGAAGUGCUCUCCAGCACCCACACCGUCCAGCUCGAGUGGUUCCGUAUCUCCAGUGCCAAGAUGGCUCAAUCUCCGCGGGUGUCCGACUAUCUGAUGGCGUUCUCCGAGGUGUCGUCGGCGCUGCUGGAGCACGUGGUCAACAUGACCGACGGCAACGGCAACACCGCUCUGCACUACAGCGUCUCCCACUCCAACUUCAGCGUGGUGGGACUGCUGCUCGACACAGGUCUGUGCCGUGUGGACAAGCAGAACAAGGCGGGCUACACGGCCAUCAUGCUGGCCGCUCUCUCCACUGUGAAGGAGGAGAAGGACAUGGCUGUGGUCAAGAGGCUCUUCAGUCAGGGCAAUGUCAACGCCAAGGCCAGCCAGGCGGGCCAGACGGCGCUGAUGCUGGCGGUCAGCCACGGUCGGCAGGAGAUGGUGCGGGCGCUGCUGGAGUGCGGCGCUGACGUGAACGUGCAGGACGACGAGGGGUCCACGGCGCUGAUGUGUGCCAGCGAACACGGCCGCGCCGAGAUUGUCAAGCUGCUCCUGGAGCAGCCUGGAUGCGACAUUUCCAUCGUCGAUAACGACGGCAGCAACGCUCUGUCCAUCGCGCUGGAGGCGUCUCACAACGACACGGCUGUGCUGCUCUACGCCCACAUGAACUAUGCGAGGACACCGCCUGUGGGGAGUCCAACAGUCCAGCCAAGAAGCCCCACCAGCUCCCACAAGUCGUGGCCUUCAGACUGAUCCCGGCUGCCGAUGUAGACUAGUGACCAGCAAACAUAACUGGAUCUGAGCUGUGAAAAGCUCCACUGGAAUUUACUAAAACAUACAUGUAUUUAUAUAUUGCCAUAUGUCCUGCAUUUUAUUAUAUAUUAUUGUUAAUAUGAAAAUAUUAUUUUUCCAUAAAAGUUGUUAAUGGUUAUAUAGUAUACUUGACUAAUAAGAGCUCUUUGCAUAUCUACAUGAGAUCUCAAACUCUUGUUAUAUUAAUUAUUUGCACUCCACUAAUAUAUUUUCAGUUUAGAGCGACACACACCGGUAGGAUACGAUGCACAUAAGAAAAAUGUAAUUCAAUCUUAAUUUUCCAUGUAAGUCGACACACUGACAUUACAAUAUACAUCGAAAUGCAUCACUGUCUUACAAGUGAAAUGCCAACGCUCCAGAAACUGUCGUAGUCGGGUAUCCUGGCUGAUCGACCGGAGUUCAGCCUGUACGUCACAUGACCCAACGACACAGCCGGUGUGUGUCGGCUCUUUCCUGUCCUGCCUCGGUUAACUGGUCUGUGAGCCUCUCCACCGUCAUAGUCUGCACUAACUGUCUGUACAUUUAGUGUUCAUAUACAUACACAAAUAUAUCAAAACCAUGUCUGAAAUAAACAUAUUUACAUAAAAGUUGAUGGAGA